ACACAGCCAGCCGCCCCAAACCCAGACCAAGGAAGGACUUCCCGCUUCUCCCUCUAUUUGUCUGUCUGACUGACUAAUGAAUAAUGAAUGAAUGAUAACCUAAUCUUACGUUUCAUUUUUCAUUCAACUUUGCACUCUUCAUUCAAAGUCAACAACGAUAACGCAUUUCUUCUUCCUUUCCCUUCCGAUCUUUCAAACGGUUUAGAUCUUUGAAUUCAAGUCUAACAUAGCAUAUAAAUCAUUGCUUGCUAUCGCCAUGGAAGAUCAGCAUUUGUUGGAGACAAAGGAAGCAAGUUCCCAAGCGGUUGAGAAGCUGCAAGUAGAUGCUUCUGCCAUUCAGAUUGAAGAUCGGGAUAAAGAGACAAAAUCUCAGAAUGUUGUUCAUGAUGGCCCUAAGUUUGACAGUAAACUGGAUGAUACAUCGGACGUGAUAACGGAUGACAAUGAUGAAGAGAAAAAAAUCAAUGUCACUGGAGAUUCUGGUUUAGCUCCGAUCAAUUCUGAAACUGAAAUUGAUAAUGUUGGAAAAGAGUAUUCUGGUGGAGAUAAGGUGGAGGCCAACAGAAAUUUUGAGGCUAAAAGUGAAGAUACAAAUCUAGAUGAAAUGCACAAAUAUGGACAGGAUGAUUUGGCUAAAGCAGAGAAUGACGGUAGAGACAUAGAAUCCACAGAUAUGGAUCAGAAGGCAGAUGAAAUUCCAAGUGAGGACAACAAUUUGGACCCUGUAUUUGAUGGAACCGAGGUUCCGGGGAUGGAAGUUAACCGGAGCACAUCCACCCGUAAAUUGGAUGGAGAUCAGGACAGUCCAGGUGUGGUUGAGAAGGCAGUCGCUCUUAAAAAUCUUGUAAAGGAGAAAAGUGCAGUGGCAGUCUCCACUAUGCUGCGCCGCCUUUCUGGAAAAAGUGAUGAAGCUGAUGUGGGUGAUUUUGAUGAUGAAGGCAAGAAUGUUUCAGAUGUCUCAGAAGUUAAUGAAGCCAAAUUGGUUUCUGAGAAGCCAGUGGAGAAAUCUGCUUGGAAUCCCUUAAAUUAUAUUAAGAAGUCAUUUGAUGUUGAUGUGGAAAACAAAACUGAUCAGAGGGAUUCAGUAACAAAUGGUCCAUCAUCACCAAUAGCCAUGAAAGGAAGGAUUAUAUUGUACACCAAACUAGGGUGUCAAGAAUCUAGAAUAUUUAGGCUAUUUUUACGUACAAAAAGACUUAGGUUUGUGGAAAUCAACAUAGAUGUAUACCCUAGUAGAAAGAUGGAGUUGGAUAAGAUAUCUGGAUCUACUUCUGUUCCCAAGUUGUUUUUCAAUGAAAUAUGUAUUGGAGGCUUGAGUGAGCUUAAAAACUUGGAUGAAUCUGGAAAGCUUGAUGAGAAGAUUGACUUUCUUAUUACCGAAGCACCGUUAUUUGAGACCCCAUCACCGCCUUUUUCUGGAGAGGAUGAUAUUUCCGUUAGUGGGGCAGUUGAUGAAUUGGCUCUUGUUGUACACAAAAUGAAAGAAUCUAUUACUGUGAAAGACAGAUUGUACAAAAUGCGCAGGUUUACCAACUGUUUUUUGGGAUCUGAUGCUUUAGACUUCUUAUCAGAAGAUCAAUAUUUGGAAAGGCAAGAGGCUGUUGAAUUUGCUCGAAAGCUUGCUGACAAAUUUUUCUUUCGACAUGUUCUUGAUGAAAAUUUAUUUGAAGAUGGCAAUCAUGUAUAUCGCUUUUUGGAUGAUGAUCCAAUUGUGAUGUCACAAUGUUACAAUAUUCCAAAGGGUAUUAUUACCAUUAAUCCAAAGCCUAUCGCAGAAAUUGCAUCAAGGCUGAGAUUUCUGGCCUCUGCAAUGUUCGAAGCCUAUGCUAUUGAAGAUGGAUGUCGCGUUGACUAUACAAGUUUGCAUGGAAGUGAGGAGUUCGCCAGGUAUCUGAGAAUAGUUGAAGAGCUCCAAAGAGUUGAAAUAUUGGAUUUGUCUAGAGAAGAAAAGCUUGCUUUCUUUAUUAAUCUUUAUAACAUGAUGACCAUCCAUGCAAUCUUAAUAUUGGGUCAUCCAGAUGGAGCAUUGGAAAGAAGGAAAUUAUUUGGAGAGUUCAAAUAUGUUAUAGGUGGUUCCACCUACUCCCUUUCAGCUAUUCAAAAUGGAAUAUUGAGGGGAAACCUACGACCUCCAUAUAACCUUAAGAAGCCAUUUGGUGCAAAAGAUAAACGCUUAAAGGUUGCACUCCCUUACCCCGAGCCUAUGAUUCAUUUUGCUUUGGUAUGUGGCACCCGAUCUGGGCCUGCCCUUCGAUGCUAUUCUCCUGGAAAAAUUGACGAAGAAUUAUUGGAUGCAACUCGUAAUUUCCUAAGAAGUGGAGGUCUUGUGAUUGAUUUGACGGCAAAGACUGCAUAUGUCAGCAAGAUUCUUAAAUGGUAUAGUAUAGAUUUUGGCAAGAGCGAGGUUGAGGUGAUCAAGCAUGUGUCAAACUAUUUAGAUCCAACUGACUCAGCAAUAUUAUUGGACCUGCUUGCCUCUUCUGAAUUGAAGGUUACAUAUCAGCCUUAUGACUGGGGUUUGAACUACUAGAUCACGCUAUUGAAGUGUUAUGUAAAUAUUUCCCGUAUGUUAAUUUUGAUCUAUACACAGACGACCACAUAAAUCAUGUUGGCUGUUUUGACCAUUCUAAAGCUAAAGGAUAGAGUGGUAGAGUAAGAAAGAGAGAUAUAAGACUUGAGGAAAACAUGUUUUCAUUAUUUCCUAUCUUUCUAUUUACCGUCUUAAAUUUUCAUACUUAUUGUUUGAUAAAUUAUGAAGAUCCAUCUGCUCAUUUUACUUUGCAA